UGGCUUCCACGUCGGCAGCUCUUAAAGACUUAUUGAGAAUGUUUUGGCCCUAAUAGUUGUUUGUUUAUUCAAAGAAAAUGAAAUUACUGAGGCGGCGGAAAACAAUUUUAGUUAUUUUAGUAUUAAUAUGGCUAGGGGGUAUGAUUUAUUUUCUAGCACCGUUGACAGGAUCGAGGGAUGACAUUCGAUCUAACGGAGAUCCUAGGGUUAGCGAUGAUGAAGACACACUCAGAAACUUUCAACUGAAUGUAGACAAUAGAGGCACUUAUGAUGACGAGAGUGAAUUUGUUGGGUUGAGAGGGAAACCAGCUGAAACAGACACUCGUAGACUAGAGGAUUUCGACGUGGAAAGUUAUCUAGGAGUCACCAGGGUGAAGCAGGGUGAAGAUGCCUAUGCCAGUAAUGCUUAUAAUCAAGAAGCUAGCGACAAAGCUCCCUUUAACAGAGAUGUUCCUGAUGUGAGAGCGUCACAGUGCCAAGAAAGAUUAUGGAUAGCUGAUGAUUUACCAACAACAAGUAUUAUUAUUUGUUUCCAUAAUGAAGGCAGAGCUGCCUUAUUAAGGACAGUCAUAAGUUCUCUCAAUAGAAGUCCUCCUAACUUGUUAAAAGAAAUUAUUCUUGUGGAUGAUUUUAGUGAUAAUGCUUUGGAUGGAAAGCUUUUAGAGAAGCUACCUAAAGUGAGAGUGCUUCGAAAUAACCAAAGAGAAGGACUUAUGAGGUCUCGUGUAAGAGGGGCAGAUGAAGCAAAAGGGGAGGUACUGACUUUCUUGGACAGUCACUGUGAAUGUAAUAAGAACUGGCUGGAACCACUUCUUGAGAGGAUUAAAGAGAAUCGCAAUAUGAUUGUGAGUCCAAUCAUUGAUGUAAUCAACAUGGAUACGUUUGAGUACCUGGGGUCUUCAUCAGAUCUGAGAGGAGGAUUUGGGUGGAACUUGAAUUUCAAGUGGGAUUUCCUUCCAGCCAAUGUGCUUGCUGAGAGAUCUGGACGACCUAUGGCUCCAAUUAGGACUCCUGUCAUAGCUGGCGGACUCUUUUCAAUUGAUAAGAAAUGGUUUGAAAGGAUUGGUAAAUAUGAUAUGGACAUGGACAUCUGGGGAGGAGAGAAUUUAGAAAUCUCCUUCAGAGCAUGGCAGUGCGGAGGAAGCAUGGAAAUAAUUCCUUGUUCUAGAGUUGGUCACGUGUUUAGAAAUAGACAUCCUUAUAAAUUUCCAGGGGGAAGCAUGAAUGUCUUCCAAAAAAAUACAAGAAGAGCUGUAGAGGUUUGGAUGGAUGAUUACAAAAAGUUUUACUAUGCAGCAGUUCCCUAUGCUAAGAACACACCUUUUGGAGACAUUCAAAGCCGACUUGAACUGCGGAAGAAAUUGAAAUGUAAGCCUUUUAAGUGGUAUGUCCAGAAUGUGUAUCCUGAACUCAGAGUUCCUGAGGGUGAUGACACCACAGCAUUUGGGGAGGUCAAGCAAGGAAAAGACUGCAUGGACACACUGGGGCAUACUGGUGGGGGUACUGUGGGUCUGUUUGAAUGUCAUGGUGCUGGGGGAAACCAGUUGUGGAAUUUUGUCAAGAACAAGAUGUUGAAACAUGACACACUUUGUCUGGAAACUGCUAAUGAGGAAGAUGGAACCCCAGCUCUAUUACUUGAAUGUGAUGAAAAGAAUGCCAACCAGCACUGGGAGUAUGACAAGGGCUCUAACAGGAUAAGACAUGUUGGCUCAGGAAAGUGCCUGGACAGCAAAGAUCAAAAGGAGAAAGGACUUGUUUUAAACUCUUGUAGUGACUCAUUUAGCCAAAGCUGGGCAUUUGAGGUGAACCUUUAGCAAAGGUUCUAUUAGAUAGGAUAUAAAUUUUAAAAUUAAUUUAUAAAAGUGAAGUUAACUUAGUACAUAAUUAUUCAGUUUUCAAUUCUAACUAUCGAUUGAUUUGUUUUAUGGUCAAUGAAAUAACUGUAGGGUAGGAAAUAUUUUGUAUUUUGUCUGAAGCUGAUUUUAUUUGGAAACAUUUUUGUUUGUGCUAUUAAUGAUAGUUGUAAAUUUCACCCAUCAUAAAAUGUAACUUAGAUUUUGAUAACAUUCUGUACAGUCUCAUGCACUGUGACCUGCAAUUAGCAAGAGUAGAAAUAUGAUUACAUGUUAGUAUGUUGUGAAUAAGUGUAGACUUGGACAAGUUGGGUAAUCUGAAAGAGGGUUUUGAAAAAGAAUUUGAAGUUUCCCCCAAAGUUUUAAAGGCUUACUCUGAUUUGCAGAAAGAGUGAAGUUGAACAAAAUAUAUCCAAGUGAAAUUUAAAACCUGUACACAUGUAUAAUUUUUUAUUGCAAAAUUUAUACUCAAGGUAAAAUACAAGUUUUCAAUAUUGCCAGAGAAGAUCAAUAUUUCUUAAGCAUAUUUCAGAAACAUCAUGCAGUGAACAAGCUUAUAGUUCCUUUGUACAGUAUGUACACUGUAUUCCUUUAUUUCAACAAUUGAAAAUAAUUUCAAACUACUGUUUCUAUACACAAUGCCCAGUUGAAUUUAUAUUUUUAUAUUUCCUCUCCAAUAGUAAAAUUGUAACUGAUGGAGAGCUUUUCUUGUAAUCUAACAGAAUGAUUAUGAAAGAAAACUUGCAAUUUUGAUUGGACCAUAACGUCACAUGUAUCACAUGGGAUUAUUACCAACAAUGUGCAAAUUUUGCUUAGCAAAAAUAUUGUAACAAAAUUCAAUUGGGAAAAGAAGUUAUUUAUGUCAUGGUUUUCAUUUAUUCAUCCUGAAAUUAAAAAGUUCAUCAUAAGCACUUAGAAGAUGUGAAACUACAAAAAUUUCUUAAAUAAGUAAAUCUUGCAUGGAAGAACUGAUUAAAGAAUUUAGCUACAUUAUUGUACAGUCAAUUAUAGGGUUGUCCAAUACACCCAAACUAAGUUGACUUGUCUAAGGCACUCUAUGAAUUGACUCUGGAAGUCAAUUGGUCCAUCAUGAAAGUAGGUGCACGAAAAAUUGUGGAGCCUUGUGACAUUUGCAGCCUGCGUUUAGUAUUGUAAGUGGUGGUUGUUGUGAAAUUAUUCAGGUGAAGGCUUUUCUCACUAGUUCUGGAAAAUUGCUGCAGUGUGGUUAAAAUAAGCCUUCAUUUCACAUUUGGGGUGGAAAGGGUUUGGCAAACACUAAUACAACCACUGCAUGGUUAUCUGUGAUAGACUGGUGUUCCAUUUGGGGGAGGGGGGGGAUUGGAGAGGCAGUACACUUAGUUGUUUUAUGCCCUAUCAAGUGGGCCACCAGGUCUUAAGCUGUCCAUUCUGGUUACCAAACUCAAAACAAAACUCACUUUAUAAACAUAACAUCAUUCUUAUUCACAAAGGACUUUGGAACAAGAUGCCAUGGAAGUACUAGUAUUAAUUUAUGAAUUCCUUUUGUUUAAAAAAAAAAAAAAAAAAAAAAA